GCGAGUCGUUUGAAAGCUCUGGCGGGCCCGGGCGCUCGCCGGCGGGUGUGCGGGGAGCGGAGCGGAACUGAGUCCCUGCGGGCUGCAGCCAGUCGCCCUCGCGCAGCUCUCGUCCCGGAGCCAUGGCAGCGGAGAAGAAGCGGCUUUCAGUGAGGGAGGCUUUCCAGCUGGCGCAGCAGGCGCACCAGAACCAGGCGAAGCUGGUGGUGGCGCUGAGCCGCUCGUACGGCGCGAUGGACAAUAAAACAGCUUUUCAGGAAGAGUUUGUUCAUUACCUUAAGUAUGCUAUGGUGGUAUAUAAACGUGAACCUGCUGUGGAGAGGGUCAUAGACUUCGCAGCCAAGUUUGUCACUUCAUUUCAUCAAACUGAGGAGGAAGAAGAGGAAGAGGAAGAUGGUGGCAUUUUAAAUUAUUUGUUUACUUUUCUUUUAAAGUCUCAUGAAGCAAACAGCAGUGCAGUCAGAUUUAGAGUAUGCCAGCUCAUUAAUAAACUUCUGGGGAGUAUGCCAGAAAAUGCCCAAAUCGAUGAUGACUUGUUUGAUAAAAUUAAUGAGGCCAUGCUUCUUAGACUGAAAGAUAAGAUUCCAAAUGUAAGGAUACAAGCAGUUUUGGCUCUUUCUCGACUCCAAGAUCCCAAGAAUGAUGACUGCCCAGUAGUUGAUGCAUAUGUUACUUUGAUCGAAAAUGAUUCAAAUUCAGAAGUUAGGCGUGCAGUGUUAUCCUGUAUUGCACCAUCAGCAAAGACUUUGCCAAAAAUUGUAGAACGUACAAAGGAUGUAAAGGAGGCUGUCAGAAAGCUGGCUUAUCAGGUGUUAGCUGAAAAAGUUCAUAUGAGAGCUAUGUCCAUUGCUCAGAGAGUACAGCUUCUUCAACAAGGUCUUAAUGACAGGUCAGAUGCUGUGAGACAAGCAGUGCAGAAGCAUCUUCUUCAAGGCUGGCUGCGCUUCACCGAAGGGAAUAUCUUGGAGUUGCUUCAUCGGUUAGAUGUGGAAAAUUCCUCUGAGGUGGCAGUCUCUGUUCUCAAUUCCUUAUUCUCAGUGACUCCUCUCAAUGAGCUGGUUGGAAUCUGUAAAAACGAUGAUGGCAGGAAGUUGAUCCCAGUGGAAACAUUAACUCCUGAACUUGCUUUGUACUGGUGUACCCUUUGUGAAUAUUUGAAGUCAAAAGGAGAUGAAGGUGAAGAGUUUUUAGAUCAGAUUUUGCCAGAGCCUGUAGUAUAUGCAGAGUAUUUGCUGAGUUACAUCCAGAGCUUUCCAGUAGUUAAUGAAGAACAGAGAGGUGAUUUUUCCUACAUUGAAAAUUUGAUGACAAGAGAAUUUAUAGGUCAGCAAUUGAUUCUAAUUAUAAAAUCUUUGGAUACCAGUGAAGAAGGAGGAAGGAAACGACUGCUGGCUAUUUUGCAGGAGGCUCUAAUUCUGCCUACAACCCCAAUAUCCUUAGUUUCUUUUAUUGUUGAGAGACUCCUCCAGAUCAUCUUAGACGAUAACAGAAGGAUACAGAUUGUUACAGAAAUGAUCUCAGAGAUUCGUGCACCCAUCGUUAAUGUUCAUGUUGAUCCAUCUGAUACAAGAAAGAAGGAACUCAAGAUGGCUGAAAUAAAAGUUAGGCUUAUUGAGACUAAAGAAGCUUUGGAAAAUUGCAUUGCCAUACAGGAUUUUGAUCAGGCAUCAAAAUUAAAAGAAGAGAUAAAAACAUUGGAAGAUGCUAGAAUAAACCUUUUAAAAGAAAUGGAGCAAUUUGAAAUUAAAGAAGUCCACACAGAAAAGAAUGAUGCCGAAACAUUACAGAAGUGUCUUAUUAUGUGCUAUGAACUAUUGAAGCAGAUGUCCAUUUCAGCUGGAAUUGGUGCAACCAUGAAUGGAAUCGUUGAAUCUUUGAUUCUUCCUGGAAUAAUAAGUGUUCAUCCUAUAGUAAGAAAUUUGGCUGUUUUGUGCUUGGGAUGCUGUGGACUACAGAAUCAGGAUUUUGCAAGUAAACACUUUAUGUUAUUUUUACAGGUUUUGCAAAUUGAUGAUGUCACAAUAAAAAUCAGUGCCUUAAAGGCUGUCUUUGACCAACUGAUGACAUUUGGGAUUGAACCAUUUAAAACGAAGAAAGUUAAGGCCAUUCAGUGUGAAGAUGAAGAAAUAAAGAGUGACAAUGAACAAGACACAAAGGAUGUUGAAGAGACUGCCACAGCUAAGAAUGUUCUGAAAUUCCUUUCUGAUUUCUUAGAUAGUGAGGUAUCUGAACUCAGGACAGGAGCCGCAGAAGGACUAGCCAAGCUGAUGUUCUCUGGGCGUUUGGUCAGCAGCAGGAUUCUUUCUCGACUUAUUUUGUUAUGGUAUAAUCCUGUGACUGAAGAGGAUGUUCGACUUCGACAUUGUCUAGGCGUGUUUUUCCCCAUGUUUGCUUAUGCAAGCAGGACUAAUCAGGAAUGCUUUGAAGAAGCCUUUAUUCCAACUGUGCAAACACUGGCCAGUGCCCCGGCGUCAUCUCCUUUAGCUGAAGUCGAUGUCACAAAUGUUGCUGAGUUGCUUGUUGAACUCACAAGACCAAGUAGAUUAAAUCCUCAGGGAAAAAAUUCCCAAGAUUAUGAGGCCUUAACAGUACAUGACAACUUGGCUAUAAAAAUUUGUAAUGAGAUUUUAACAAGUCCAUGCACACCAGAAAAUAGGGUUUAUACAAAAGCUUUGAGUUCUGUAGAACUCAGCAGUGGGGCUACAAAAGAUCUCCUGCUUCUAUUGGAUGAGAUUCUGGAGCAAGUAACAGAUAGGACAUGUCUGAGAGCUUUGGAGAAACUCAAGAUUCAGCUAGGAAAAGGAAGUAAAGAAUUUGAACAAGCUGUAGUAGCACAGGAUGUCGACACGACUACAAAUGUUCUUCAGAAUGAAGAUGAAGGAUAUAUGACUCCUCCGAGGAAUGUAAAAGGAGCUCAAGCAUCAAAAUCCAUACAAGGAAAGACUAACAGAGGACGGAGAAAAGCACCAGCUUCAUCUAGGACCAGCAGAAGACGGCAGGCUUCUAAAACUGACUCUGAAAGUGAUCAUGAUGUUCCAGAACCACCAACAGAAAUGAAGAUGAGAUUACCGAGACGAGCCAAAACAGCAGCACUAGAGAAAAGUAAACUUGAUCUUGCACAGUUUCUUAAUUGAGGAUAUACGUCAAGAGAGCUGAUACGGAUGGAGUCCUUUGAAGUUGUGCUUAUUUCUUUGCUUUAAUAGGUACUGUGGUAAAAUAGGAAAUACCUGCUGUGUUUCCAGAAACAUGGAGAAAUGCCACAUGACUUUGGCAUCUGUCAUUGUGAUCCAUCUGCAUGUUUUCCAGACUUAUUUUUAUUAGAAUGUUAAAUGGACCUAGGACUCUGCUUUUAUAGGUUCUUCGGGUGAACCCUAUGAAAUUAUGACAUUUGGAAAAAUUUAUAAUAAGCCCAGUAGCUUACAUUUGAGAAGCUUAGAUAGAGUAGAUCUAACAUAGGUGACAGCGUCAGACCCCAAACAGAUGGCAUUUUAAUGGUGAUGUAUGUAUAGCUACAUAUAAAGCUGCUUAUUACCAUUGAGGACUAGUAUAAUGAACCAAAGCAUUCCUUAUUUACAUUAAACAAUGGCUUUGAAAAUUUUAUGAUGCCUAUACUAAGUAUUUAUUUGAUAAUCUUACCUCAAUGGGCAAUUUUCUCUUCCUAAAUCUUUCCAUAUAGGAGUACUUGUUUAUGAAUGUUUCUGAAUUAGGGAGAUGUCCACACACAUUAAUCAUAAAGAUACAUUGAUUUUUGGCACAUCAAAAUAUAAUCUACCUAAAAUAAUAAACAAUAUUAGUGGGAAGUGGAAUUUCAAGAAGUAUCUUUAAUGACUGAUUUAUGAGCAGUUUCUUUGCUAUCAAUUUCAAUUAUCUUUUGAAGUUAUCAUUUAUGAAACAUAAAUAUUUGUUUUGAAACUUGCAUUGUAAAAAUAGUUCUUUUUAUUUCUGCCAUAUCCAGUUUAACACCUUUGAUUAUUCCUGAUACUGACCUUUUCUCUUUUAUUUCAGAUAGAAGUAUCCUAACAUGAAUUUUUUAUUGAUUGUGCUUUAAAUUUUUUUUGCCAGAGGCCAUUUAUUUCAACUGAGUUCUAAGAUGGAGUGAAGGUAAUAUUGCUGGUUUUUAGAACCAAAAGGCUAUUCUAUGUACAUAAUAUGUGCUUUAUAGAACUCAGAGAAGGAGUCAAAGUUACAAAGCAAGAGUGCCUAUUAAGCAAAAGGCAGAAAUGGUAAUAGUAUAAACCAAUGAAAAACACUGUUGUUCUUCAUCUUUUGACUCUGUGUCUUUUCCUGUGCUUCAUAUUCCUUAUUGUUAUAGUUCUUGUUAAAUUCCUGUCUUAAAGCAAAUUCAUGGAGAAUAGGAAGUCAGAAAGCAAAACAGUAUAUAACAUGAUGUAAGGGAAGCCAGUAAGAAUGAACUACGAUUCCAUUUAUGUAUGUGCAGAGUAUCCAAAAAGAAAGAUACUGUGAUCAUGUAGACACUAUACUAAAGCUUGCUUUUUUGACAUAGGAAAACCAGCUUUUAAUCACUAAACCAUUAGUAGUCUUAACUAUUCAGAUUUUAGACAAUAGCCAUGGCUACAGGUAUACAUUGCAUCAUUAGCAUUAGUAAGGAAUAUCAUCCGGCUUCUACAGGAUAUCCCUGUAAGCUUUGGAGUAAACUGCUAAAAUACAAUAAAACCAACAGGUAUAAAAACGGUUAUCUUUUUUUUUUUUCAUUCAAAAUUGUUAACUUAAACCAGUGUUCUUGUUUACCAUGAGGUACAAAUUUGCUGAGAAGUAAACAUGCAAUUGUGCCAUUGCUCUUAUGGCCCACAGAAAGAGAACUGAUAACUUAAAUUCUUUUUAUGAGUGAAAACAUGCUAUUUGAUAAGCUAAUCAACAUUUUUCUAUACAUAUAUAACUUUAGAAGAGAUAGACUUCCAAGUGAUACCUUUGCCUUUCCCAGUUUGCUUCGAGGUAGUUAGUAUCCACCUGUUACACAACUGUUCAUGGGUUAGGUCAUUAUCACACACUUUUACAAUACUAGCGUUCUAAAUUACAGGAUAUGUAUAUGUCAAAACUGCACAGAAAUAGAGCUGGGCAAUUACAUGUUUAAACUGAGGGCAUUAAAAAAUUCACCAAUAAAAAGAGAACAUCAAAAUCUGCUUUUGUUGCAAAACUCCACAAUGGUUUUGUGUAAUGUUUGUAAAAACCGGAAUUAUAAUAAGAAUGAUUAGUGCUAAUGAUUUAAUAUAAAGACAGAUCACAGGACUAGAAAUAUUUUAGGAUUAGUUUGUUUUCAUGAGAAAGAAUAUUGACAUACAAAAAAAAGGUAGUGCAAGGACUGCAGACUAUUUUUCUUCAUUUUUGAGAUUUUGGUUAUGAACUGUACAGCUUGCUAGAGAUGCUGCUGUUAGAUUCCAUUCAAUAGGAUGAUUAAGGCACAUCUUAAUAGGACUCAAUGGGCAGCUUGCUGUGUUCCCAUCAGACACAUCCACUUUCUCAUCAGUUUUCAUUUGUAGUACUCUGUAAAAAAAAAAGUGUAAGGCAUUUUAAGUUUAAAUUUCCAUUUGUCAACCUUGUAGAAGUAAAGUUUGGAAUAUUGUGUGCACCCUAAAGCAAGUAAGCAAAGUACUCAUCGUCUAACAAUUCUUGUUCUAUAUGCUGCCUUAAUGAACUGUGAUGAACGAUGCCACGCAUAAGUAUGCCUCAAGGUGUUCACUCAGAUAGCCCAGUACAAAAGAGGUCAAUCACUGCAUUACAUUAGUUUAUAUAAGAAAGGCAUUUAACUUACUGGAAGGUCAACCCUUUAGCAUCAAGACUACUUUUAAGAGAAUGAACAUUUGUUAAUGCCUGAUGUGUUCUAGGCUCAUUCACAUGAAAUUAUCUCAUUUUAAUUUCAUAGCUAAACAAGGUUGUAUAUUUAAAGUAUAAAUAUGAUGUCAUACUGUAACUGGUGUAGAACUGGAAACAUAACCUUUCCUCUUCUUGAUCUGUUAGCAUUCUAGUGGACUGAUUAAUCAUUAGCAGUAGAAAAAAAAAAAAGCAACGUUUGGUAGAAGAGAGUCAGGUUGUCCAGCCUGUCUUAUCUGGUGGCCAGCUUAGCUUAGGAACAGAGGCAGCAUCUAUAGGAUACUGUUUGCCUAUUACAUGGAAAUCGUUUCUUCUUUCUUUUUUAUAUUUAUGGAGUUGAUGGCUUAUUUGGAUUUAGGUUGGGUUGGACAGUUGUCUUCCAUGUGGUUACUCUCUAAUGUAUGUCCUCUUGGAAGACUGGUUCUUGGAAGACUGUAGUCUUAUUUAACACACUAAUGGACACAGUCCCAUUUGUUCUUUAAAGUCAUCACUUAGGUAAUCACCCUCCACUUUGCUUAAUCACACCUUUCCAUGGUUCGGUGCCUGACCCAAAUCUGAUAUCUUAGGAUGUACUUUAGUACUUGAAAAACAGUAGCAGAAUUUUUCUUGUUUCUUCUGUUGUUUCAUGUCUGAAAUCUUCUAGAUCUUAAAGAAAGGAGAUUGGCACACUGAACUCUGAAGAUAAAGCAAUGUUGACUAUGUGGCAGUUGCUCAACAAAAAUAAAAAUAAUGAAAUGCCUAGAAAAAUCCAGCUCCUUAAAUGUAUGUAAGCUUGAGUCCAGAAGAAAAGUAACUCCACUUUAUGUAUGGGUAAUGCCUACUUUUAGGCUCAUAUUCUGUUUAGCAGCUUGAUAAACACUAGCUCAUUUGACUUGAACUGUUAGUUUAUAUAGACUACAACUCUCCUAGGCCUUUUCCAGCUGUGUACCUAUGAAUCUUCCUAUUGAGGUAUCUUCACGUAAGAGACUUGAUGUAGUUGUACAGCGGCAUAUUCAGACUCCUAUAACCUGUUUCUGAUUUCUUCUGUACAAUUUACAGCUAUUUAGUAAACCAAAUCUGCAUAACAUGUUUUAACACCAUUGGCAGUCUCUGUUUUUUUCUCCAGACACAUAUCUAUUCUACUUUAGGAUGGUUUCAAUUUAUAUAGUUAGAUAGUAGGCAAAACAACAAAUUUUUUUUUUGGUUUUACAAGACAGGGUUUCUCUGUUUUGGAGGCUGUCAGUCCAGCCUGGCCUCGAACUCACAGAGAUCCGCCUGCCUCUGCCUCCCGAGUGCUGGGAUUAAAGGCGUGUGCCACCAAUGCCCGGCCAAAACAAAUUAAGUUAGCCUGUUAGUCAUAAAAAUACAUUAAGUGAAAGCAAAACCAGUUAUAAUUUGUACAUAUUAAUAUACUUAAAAUAAUUUUUUGAUUGGUAAAUGACAAAGAUCUAAGUGGCUAUUAUCAGAAAUGUUGAAUUUGGAAAAUAUAUUUGGUUUAUUGUUACACUGAGGUACUUGGGUAUCAUAUUUUUUUUCAAGUUAGCAAUACUGUUUUUUGUAAGGAUUGCUACUAGUUGUAAGAAAAAUAAAAGAUGGUAUUUUAA